CAGUUUUGUCACCUAUUACCUUCACUGUUUUGCAUGUUGUGUCGUGUUCUAUAUUAUUUUUCUCAUUAUACAAGAAAUACUGUUGUGGUGAGCUCUAUGAAUAUGCCAGCAUUCUAUGAAGCUAUAAGUUUCUAUAAUUUUUUAGUAUAUCUUACUGAAGUUUUUUAUUCAAAUAUGUUAUCUUAGGGAAAUACACCUAGUUCAACAAAUAUUCACAUUUAACAAGCUGAGUUUUGGCGUAGGCCAAACUCGCCGGUCAACACAUUUGACCGUUAGAGAUUAACCUCAUUUUCGAAGCAUGAAGCCCCGCAAGCGCUACGGCGAUUCCCGAUGCCGGACUUCGGCUUGCAUCAGCUUUUCAUUCACUCGGCGACAUGGAGCGCUGGCAGAACAAACUAGCUGUGGUCACGGGCGCCAGCGGUGGCAUAGGAGCUGCUUGUGCACGGGCGAUGGUCGUGGCUGGACUACGGGUGGUGGGACUGGCGCGCCGAGAGGCCAAGCUAAAGGAGCUCAGGGAGAGUCUGCCACCGCGUCUGCAGGCCAACUUCAUUCCGCGGCGGUGCGAUGUAUCCAAGGAGGAGCAGGUGAUCAGCUCCUUUGAGUGGAUCGAGAGGGAGCUCGAGGGCGCCGACGUGCUGCUGAACAAUGCUGGCAUAACUCGCGAGACGGAACUGGUCACGCCGGGCAACACCAGGAAGCUGAGGGAGGUCAUCGACACCAACGUGAUGGGAGUGAUCUGGUGCACCCGCGAGGCUUUUAACAACAUGAAGCGUCGGGGCGGCGAGGGCCACGUGCUCAUAAUAAACAGCAUCGCCGGCCACCAGGUGCUCAACUUCAUCGACGUGCUGCCCUCGUUCAACAUCUAUCCGGCGACGAAGUUCGCCAUCACGGCUAUCACGGAGACCUACCGCCAGGAGUUCCAGCUGCACUCAAACAAAAUCAGGGUGACCGGCAUAUGUCCUGGCGCGGUGAACACGAACAUCUUUCCAGAGGAGAUCCACUUCUACGUGAAGGACAUGGCCAGGCUGGAUCCCGCGAACAUUGCGGACGCUGUGAUGUACGCCCUGCGAACUCCUCCUCACGUACAGGUUCACGAAAUAACUAUCAAGCCAAUGGGUGAAAUCUUUUGAACGUUGUGCAGUUAAUGCCGGAUGUAGGUAUAUACCUUUUUUCUUUCACCUGAUAAACACAAUUAAAACGGAAUCCAUAUAAUUCAGAAGUUUGGUUGUAGACUAUAUGUUAUCCUUUGUCCCACACCUGUACUGCUUUUAAUUAUGUAUAGUACUAUGCAUGCUGGUAAAGUUAUUCAAAAUGUGAAAAGAGCCCUAUUCGAAAUUUCUUUCUAAAAUUCUAGAAAUUCUAUCGACUUUCAAGGUCAAAUUUGAAUUUAAAACGAUAUGAGGAAAUUUAAAUAAGGCAAGUGAAAUAAAACAGUUCCAUUCAAUGGGCUGACUGAAAUUUCUCUGUGCGACAGCUAUGUAUGUACAAA